UUGUACUUUCGUUAUGACAUUCGUCAACUAAGUAGAAACUGUUUUGUUGUUUAGUUUUUACUAGUAAUUCAUAUUGUUUAGAUUAAGUUAAUUUUGUGACAUACAUCCAAGGCUCCAAUGGUUCAGGUGUUUAUUAAAAUGCCCAGCGAUGGCAGCUGUCCUGAGUGGGCUAUUCUUGACGUGCAGGGAGACUUGGAGACGAGACACAACGUCCCGCUCAGCGGCAAGUUCAUCGGAGAUCUUCAUUUCACACACAAAGAUGCACCCGUUCUCCUCAUUGGACAUCACAUUUUAUACGGAAAGGUCGUCGACCUUGAAAAACCACUGGCCGUACUCAUCAAAAACAUUUCUGCUGACUCAGCAAUGGAAACCAACCAAUCGGACGACACCAGUAACACCACCGACCAAUCGGACGACACCAGUAACACCAAAUACACAAUUCAAGCGGUUAUCAAGAAGAAAUUAUUGUUCAAAACUAGACCGAAACCCAUUAUUGCAAACGUUCCCAAGAAAGUGUGAAAUUAAAUGCGUAACAAUAUGUGACCUAAGUAAUUGAGAGAUUACUCCCUGGCUCUUUUGGCAAUAGCUGGCAGAUGGGGGAAUUGAUCGGGCAAGUAAAACAGAAAAGAGACAGAUUGAUUUUGGUAACUGUUCUAUAUUGCACCAAUAGUCCGUGAUGGGUAAUUGUUUCAGUGUGUGUGUGUCGUAAGAUUGAAUAAAACCUUAAAGAGGUUUCUGGAAGCCCCGGUCUGUCUCUAAUUUUAUUGAUGUGUGGCAUUAGUUGUAUGAACCGGGAUAAAUGUGGAAAGUGCAAUGUCCUGUAAGGCAUUGACCUUCCUUACAUACUGUGCACUGUAAAAGAAUUUGGAAUAAACUUUUAUUAAGGAAA